AAACAAAUUAUGCUAAGAAACCCUACUGAAUACCAUUUGAUGGAAUCCUAUCAAAUGGAUCAAUACCUUUCACCCUUCUUAUCCCACCACCCCUUGGAGGAAAAUUCAAUGUUAAUUCCGCAGCAACAGCAGCAGCAGCAGCAGCAGCAGUUGCCCGAAGACCGGUUUUCGUAUGCGCCUUGUUUAGACUAUCUAUCAUGGAUGGACGUCUACCACCAUUCACCAUCCGAGACAGACAGUCGACAAGACUAUGAAUCUAUUCAAAAAAAUCAUCAGCUCUUGGCUGAAAAGAAGCGUCGUAGAAGAGAAUCUCAUAACGCAGUGGAGAGAAGGAGGCGAGAGAAUAUAAAUGAACGAAUUCAAGAACUAGGCACCAUGUUACCCGAAGCGCAAGAAAAAGAAUCCGUCGUAGGCGGGAAUAAAGGAGCUAUUUUAAGAAAAUCCGUAAAUCAUAUACGAAAUUUACAACGCGAUGUUGCUCUCUAUAAACAACGCAUUCAUGAAUUAGAAUCCCAACUAGCUAGUAUAUAA